CUCCGGUCAAUUUGAUAUGUUUAAUUUCCCGAGCUGUUGCUUCUUCGUCGAUCGCUAGAUCUCCUUACGAUCUCUCUCUUCUCUCACGAGUCUCCAAGUCGUCCAAGUUUCAGACUUUUCAGUAGAUUUUGUGAUUUGUGUGAUUGGGUCUCUCAAUUUCCAAACUAGAGAGCCUCCGCCGUCUUUAACUAUCCCGCGCAUAACGAUUCAUCGAAAGAAAAAGAAUCCUUACUUGUAUUGAGUAGAAGAACAUAAUUUCUAAAGCAUGGCAAACUCAUUACGGUUGUAUCUAGCAUGCAUAAAAAAUACACUCGAGGCAGCCAUGUGCUUACAGAACUUUCCUUGUCAAGAAGUCGAAAGGCAUAAUAAACCAGAGGUUGAACUAAAGACAAGCCCAGAACUUUUACUAAAUCCUGUAUUGAUAUGCCGUAAUGAGGCUGAAAAGUGUUUAAUAGAAACAUCUAUAAAUUCACUCAGGAUAAGCCUCAAGGUCAAACAAGCGGAUGAACUUGAAAACAUACUAACCAAAAAGUUCCUUAGAUUUUUGUCCAUGAGGGCAGAAGCUUUUCAAGUACUGAGGAGGAAGCCAGUGCAGGGCUAUGACAUUAGCUUUCUAAUAACAAACUACCACUGCGAGGAGAUGCAGAAGCAGAAGCUAAUCGAUUUCAUUAUUCAGUUUAUGGAGGCAAGAUAUAGAGAAAGAAAUAAGAGACUUGAAGGAGUCAGUGAACACCAGAGGACGACUCGUUGCGACAGAGUUUCUGAAACAGUUCAUGUAAAGCAGCACUUGAGGUAUUAUAAUGUAACCCCUCAUUGUAUCAACCACUCAUUAUUUGGUUAAAUUCCAUAUACACUUAGACAUUCUCUUCAUUGUGCUACUUCCUCUGUUCUUCUAACACAACUGAAAUACCGAACCAUCGGCUUGGUACAUUGUAGCGUAUGUAAUGCAAUACGUAUAAAAUAUGUUCUGUUGAUCGUA